AUGGUUAGCAGAGAGCGUAGAUCAACUAGUGUGGAGAGUCUGUGGGCAAGGGAGGAAAAACUGGUGUUGAAAUAUCGUGAUGUCCUCAUCCAGGUCUUUGCUGGAUUUGGUGAGAAUGUCCCGCCCGGCCUUGCAAUCCCGCGCGACUCCAAUGCAGAGAGGAUGCUGCAGCAGCGAGGGUUCAAAGAUACCUUCCUGUCCGAUCUCCGGCUGGGAGUGCCAAGGUACGAAGCGGAGGAGAUGCAGACGGAGCAGAGCACGGGAGUUCCGUCCUCGGACGCCGUCGACCGAGGGCUGCAAGGGUUGUCCAUGGAGGACUCGACGACUGGCCGCACAUUGAGCGCAAUUUUCGAGUCUACAGUUCUUGACUUUGACAUGUACCUCGAUCAAGAUCUCGAAUGGAGCUGGAGCUUCGACAAGGUGCAGGACUACCAGGAGAGCAUCACAUGCUCGGGAGCGUUCUCUGGAAUGUGCGAAAGCGAAGACAAGGCAACGAAGGAGGAGCUACGAGCCAAGGACAAUCAAGACAUGGCAAGAAGCAAGAGGGAAGCAGAGCUUGCUCUGGAGGUCGCCAAGUUCAACCGUACGAGAUUCUCCAAAGGCGCCAUCAUCCCCCUGGCACACAACCUCGCGCACGUAGAGGUCUCAAGGUCCCUCCUGUCGGAGGCGGCUCAGAUGCAGCAUGCUGUGAAGCUCAUCUACGACAUCGUGGACAAGAUCGUCUGCAGGUCCUGGAGCCUGGCAAGGCAGGACGGGAGCGCUGACGUCAGAGCUGGCAGAUGCGUCCUCCCAGGAGGGGAGGAAUCCUUCCGUCCUGAAGGCUACUUUGGGCUGAGGACGAAGGUUGAGCUGCAAGACGGCCUUUGCAACUCUUUCUAUCAGAUCGAAGAGAUCAAGCAGGCCGAACUACUGCAGGGCUCGCUCCGAUUUCUUGAGGAGAGUUACUGGCAGUGGCUACGAGACGAAGUCUUGCCGUCUGUCCAAUCUCAAGAUCCAUCACUCUCUACAGGGGCCAGGAAGGGAAUGUCAGUCGCCGUUGGCAUAGUCAGAGCAUGGGUGAGAUGGUUUCUUGGAGACGCGCAGGAGCAAGCAGGGUGGGAGAUGGCUGUCUUCGACAAGAACGACCAGGUUCCGCUAUGGCCGCAGGUUUUCUUCCUCAUUCGUACGGGGCAUUACAUGGAUGCCUUGUCCAUGGUUGAUAGGUGA